AUGCACUGUGAGGCCCCCUUGCAUUUUGGUUCUGUCCCAUCUCUUAAGGAGUUAUUCCUCCUAUGUGGUGCACACCUUGAUCACUCGGGAUUUAGUUUAAGCCAGCUUUUAGAUGGUGCCACAGAAAUUGAUACCCUGACCUUAAACUUCCAGGGAGAAAAGCUUUGGAUCCAGCCUGAAAGCAAGCAACUCCGCGCUGCAUUCAACAAGCUAAGGAAGCUGUCUAUUCAUGGCAUAUAUGUUGAGUUUGACCUGUUAUGGACAAUAAAUCUCCUUGAAGCUGCUCCAACAGUUGAGAUAUUCGACAUUGAGGUGUUUGAACAUCCAUGUCUAGUACUGCAUUGGGAGCACGUUGGCAUUGAAAGAGUGCAACCUUCAUGGAAGAUGCCUGGGUUCACAAACUGUAAUAAGUGGCAACUGAGAGAGCUCCACAUCACCAACUUUAGUCCCCUCAUGGAGCUACAUAUGUUAUUUGUUCGCGAGGUGAUGGAUCGAGCGCCAAACUUGAAAACUGUUAUUUUGAAAGAAGACGAAGAACCAUGCGAGGAUUGCGAGGCAAUGGGUCCACUGCCUAAUCCGGUAGGAGGCUUGUUUCCAAGGACCAAAAAUGAGCAAGAAACACUAGCACAGCAACUUAGGGACAACAUGGUCGGCUCCUCGGUCAAGAUAAUUUUCAAAAGUAUUACUUCAACAGUGGUACUCUGA